UGGUAACCGGAAGCGCACAGGCCUCUCCCCUUCCCGGCCUCCAGCGAUUCUCCCCGACUGAGUGCGUCAUCGGCGGCCGGGCAGAACCAUCGCAUCUUCCGGAUUUUGUCUCAUUUAGUUCUUGCACCCCCACCCCAGGGAAAGUUGACGGCUCCAUCUUGUCAGCAGCUCCCCAGUCUCCUCUUCUGUUGCGCGGUGGUCAGUGACAAGCAUGGCUUACCCAUACUCUUCAUCAGGGUUCCCAGGCUACCCAGGAUAUCCGGGGGCUGAUCCUUCAUAUACCCCUGGUGGCCAGCAGGCAUUUCCUGGUGGUCAAUUUCCCCCUGGAGGUGCUUACCCACCAGCAGCAGGAGGUGGAUACCCUCAGGCAGGUGGUUACCCAGCUUCUGGUGGCUUUCCUGGAGCAUGUCCACCUGGUGGGAUGCCAUCCUACCCUGGAGCUCCUGGAUAUGGAGCUCCUGGUCAAGGGGGAGGAUAUGGAGCUCCAGGUCAAGGGGGAGGAUAUGGAGCUCCCCCUGGUGGACCAGGCUAUGGAGCACCGUCUGGAGUUCCUGGAUAUGGAGGACCUGGUUUUGGUGCUCCUGCUGGUGGUUAUGGAGCUCCAGCAGGCGGAGGAUAUGGGGCUCCUGCAGCUGGUGGAUAUGGUGUCCCUCCAGGCGGUGCACCGGCAGCAGGUGGAUAUGGUGCUCCCGCGAGCGGAGUGCCAGGUUAUGGAGGAUUCCAGCAGCCUUCCCCUCAGAGCUAUGGAGGAGGAGGACCAGGCCAAGCACCAGGUGGAUAUCCAUCAGGGCCGGCACCCGGACAGUCUCCUACGGUUAGUGUGCAACAUCAGCCUUAUGCAGCAGCAAUGACAGCCACUCAGGGCACCAUCCGAGCUGCAGCUAACUUCGAUGCCCUGGGGGAUGCAGAAAAGCUCAGGAAGGCAAUGAAGGGGUUUGGAACUGAUGAACAAACGAUCAUUGAUGUGGUUUCUAAUCGUUCUAAUGACCAGAGACAAAAGAUAAAGGCAGCAUUCAAAACUGCGUAUGGAAAGGAUCUAAUUAAAGAUUUGAAGUCUGAAUUAAGUGGGAAUGUUGAAGAACUGAUCAUUGCACUGUUUAUGCCACCAACAUAUUAUGAUGCAUGGAGCUUGUAUCAUGCCAUGAAGGGAGCAGGAACACAGGAACGAGUGCUCAUUGAGAUCCUGUGCACGAGGACAAACAACGAGAUUAAGAGCAUUGUUGCGUGUUACAAGGCAGAGUUUGGGCGAGACAUUGAGAAGGACAUCCGAUCUGACACGUCUGGUCACUUUGAGAGGCUUCUUGUGUCUAUGUGCCAGGGAAACCGUGAUGAGAAUCCCAAUGUGAACAUGCAACAAGCAGAACAAGAUGCUCAGCGACUCUAUCAAGCUGGUGAAGGAAAGCUAGGAACUGAUGAGUCCUCCUUUAAUCUGGUGCUGGCUAGUCGAAGCUUCCCACAGUUGAAGGCAGUGGCUGAAGCAUAUGCUAGGAUUUCAAAGCGGGACUUGCUUGGUACAAUUGGAAGAGAAUUCUCUGGGUAUAUAGAAGAUGGAUUAAAGGCAGUAUUGCAGUGUGCACUUAACCGUCCAGCAUUUUUUGCGGAGAGACUUUACAAGGCCAUGAAGGGAGCUGGCACAGAUGAUUCUGCGCUGAUCAGGAUUAUUGUAACCCGCAGUGAGAUUGAUCUUGUGCAGAUCAAACAGGCCUUCACACAGAUGUACCAGAAGACCCUUGCUACCAUGAUUUCCAGUGAUACAAGUGGAGACUACAGACGUUUACUGCUAUCCAUUAGUGGCCAGUAGGGUCCUACCUGUGAAUGUAAUGUGCUGGGAAUUCUCUUUAUAUAUGCAGAUAUAAGGAAUAUUGUUAUACUUUUAAUGAGUCUGAAUAGUGUCAAUAUAGCAGUUGGGUCAUCACGGCCUUGUAUGCUGCAUUAGGUUUUUUAUACACAUGCCUUACACAAAACAGAUUUGUGAAAUAAUUGUGUUCACAGGUCCGUAAACAUGAAAUGUAGUGUGCAGUAUGUCUCCUGAUUUGUAGGAACUUAGAGGUCUACAUAUGUAUAUUCUAGCCACAUUGACUGAGGAAGCAAGGUAAAUUUUUAUAGGUGAAUAUUCUUUUUUUUUUUUUUUUUUAUGCUACCAUUUUUUGGAAAAUAUACUGCACUUUCAGACUUCAAAAUGACAAUGAUGUAUCUACAUAGCCAAACGUAAAUGUGUUAUAUGUAUAUUAUAUACAGCAUGAAUAAAUGUAUACUAGAGUUUUUCUAUCUUCACUUACAUGCAUGUUGCUGUGUUUAUUUCUAUAUAUAACUAUUCCUGUUCUUGUGAGCGCACGCUGUGUGUAUAAUAAUAUAUGGUUGAUUUGCCUAGAUCACAGGUUCUCAAACUCGGUCCUCUGGACCCCACACAGUGCAUGUUUUGCAGGUCUCCUCACAGAAUCACAAGUGACAUAAUUAGCUCCACCUGUGGACCUUUUAAAAUGUGUCAGUGAGUAGUUAAUACCCCCAACACUUGUACGGUACCGGUCCGACUUUGCAAAUACCUGCAGGCACCUUUCCAUUGCUUGGACACUCCAGACAUGGCACCUCUAAUGGGAUGAUAAAGCACCAGGAUCCGGGAGACACCAGUACAUGGAACUAGAGGUCAAAACAGGUUUUUUACAUACACAUUCGUGUGGAUCACUGCCAUUGUUUCAAAGUUAAAGAAAACAGCAUGCUGUACUAACUACUAAACACUGAUUCUAAUAUUUGUUGCAACUAAUCAGUCAAUACCAGUGAUACUAACCAUUGCAUCGCUAAUUAUUCUUAACCAUUUAAAGUCAAGAGACUAACCAAUCAGCGGAGCUCGAAAAGCCUUUAUAUUAAUCAUACUAACAAGGCUGGGAGUUGAAACUGCAUUUUGUGUUUAAUACUCUGCAGGACCGACCGGAACGCAGGAUGAGAUUUCUUGUUAUUAUUAAUUACUGAAUUUUAUAUGGUAUUAAUAAAGGUACAUAUCUUUUUAACAA